AUGGCUGAGCUGGGCUUUUGUAACAGCGCGAACAGCCUUUGCGACGAGCAUGCCGCCGUUGAGUACUUCACUACGCAGCUCUUGCAACCUUUCGCCAUAUCGUCUUUAAAUUCAUAUAUCUUUGAAAAAAUCACAACAGCACUGUGCGCUGCGCUCGUGGGAUAUGGCAUCGGCGUGCUGGCCAGCCGCCGCCGGCAUCGGCAUAUGCCCCAGCCAUCGCAGCAGGCCCUGCACCACACCACCACCCUUCACUCCCGUCUUCACGCCGCGCUGGAGCUUUUGAGAGAUCUAUUACCAGGGCAUGUGGUCGAUGAACUAUUAAAUGAUACUCAGGUUUUCCAGGAGGAACAACAAGAGCGAGAUGAAUCCCAGCCCACAUCAUCGCAGUCUCAGCAGCAGGCAUUCGCUGAUCCACUCAGCAUCGACGAAACCUUCGAAGGGGAGGUUCCGUGUGAUCGAAUUGACUCAGGGUUUCGAGUGCCACUGUCGCCCCUUGCCCGCGACUCGCCCUUUACCACCACUGGCGCCGCCAGCGCCAGCUGCAGCAGCUGCGGCAGCAGCUGGCACCGCAGCCCCGGCAAAUCAGGCGUUGGCGUUGGCGUUGGCUCUAACGGCGCCGCCAGCUCCGCCGUCAGAUCGUACCUGUCGUACAUGAGCUCGUCCCAUCCCACAACUGAAAUGUCGGAUCGAUCUGCUGGGCCGGGAUUCCACAACCACCCAUACGUGCAGUGCACGGCCAGCUGGCCCGCUGGCUCUACUCUUCGUGAGUCUGAAGCCCACUGUAACAACCACCCAUACCACCAGACACUCUCCCCGACGGCGUAUGAACGCCGCGUGUCGUAUUGCGCCGAGAUUAUUCCGUACACAUUCAGCGACGGCACCGCUGCCAGCGACGGCACGGACGUCGCAGCGUUGGCGAUGCCUCUAAGCCGGCGGCGGUCCGUAUCCGCUAGUGGCCUGGCGGGCUGCUUGCCGACGUCUACGGCAGCAGGAUUCACGACAAAUGUGCCGUACCGCCACCGUUGCAGCCUGGCUGAUGCACAGCGAAGUGUGGCAGCUGGGGGCGACGACGCCUUCGUUACGGGUCCCAGCGUUGGCAUUGAUGAUGUGCAGGAGGCGCAGGCAUGGCCGUCACACACCGCCGGCUCCGCCUGCUGCCGUACAAGCUCCUUACGACGGUUAGCACCCGAAAUGAUCCGUUGGCGGGGAGAGAUGCAAGAAGCUGGUGGCGACGGCAGCUCCGUGACGAUGCGGAUCCCAGCGUCGCCGGCGGCAGUUGUCGUAACGCCGCCUGAGUUAUCGUACAGUAACCCUGUGGCAUUGGCGGUCAUUCUUACGGACGGUCAGAGCUGCUGCUGCCGCGUCGGCGGCGUCGGCGUCGGUGGCAGGGCUGGCGAUGUUGGCAGCGACAGAGUUGGGAAUGCCGGCGGCAGCAGCAGCAGCAGUAGCGGUGGUGGCGGUGGUGGCGGCGGCGGCGAUCACAGUCACAGCGAUACAUCCCUUAACGCUAUGGCCGGCAGCAACGCUAAUUUUGUACCACCGCCGCCAACGGCGGCCGUUGCGGUGACGGUAUCAGGGCCGGCAAUAGCAGGUGCCGCUGGUACGGUGCAGGUGGACGAGAUGUCGCCGCUGCCGUCGUGGUCUGCGGAAGAGAAUGUCGAGGAGGGUACUGAUGGGCAGCACCACCAGCACCACCAGCACCACCAGCACCAUCAGCACCACCAGCACCGCGGGCAUCAGCAGAAGGAGCGACAUCACCAAGCCCAGCAGCAUCCACAGCACCUGCGGCUGGUGGACCAGGAGCAACAACCUUGUGGCAGACAGUCAAUGCGUCGUGAGCAGCAGCCACAUGGACGCGGUAGCUAUCAAGGCGACGACCGAUCGGGAGAGGAGUUGAAGGGCGGCGAUUGCUGCAGAGGUGGUUUGGGUGCCGGACCGUCGUCAUACAGUGUGGCGCGUGAGGCCGACGUCGUCGCCAGUGCCGCCGCCGCCGCCACCGCCGCCAGUAGGAGCAGCGGUAGCAGCGAUGGAGGCGGCCGUCAAACCCCCGAUGAAUUGUUGCCGCCACUGGUCCACAAUUGCUCCGAAGCCCAGCUGAGACCCAAACCCACAUUCCUGGCUGCUGCUGCUGCUGCUGCUGCUGCUGCUGCUGCUGCUGCUGCUGCUGCUGCUGCUACUACUGCUGUGGUGACGGCAGCCGCGGAAGAGAACGAGAAAGAAGAGGCGAAAAUGGUUUCGGAGCGGGGUAAUGUUGCGAUAGUGGUGGUUUCGGCGCACAUGCGAGGUCGUGGGUCGUGGGACGACACUGCAAAGACGGAGACAAUGGUUUGGGAGCGGAGAAAUGAUUCGUACGGAGGCACCGCCCCGCCCUCCCUAUCAGCGGCAGCCCCGCCAUUGCCGCCGCCGGCGCCGUACGGGGAGCGAUCCCGAGCGCCGUCGCCAGCUGAAUCGCCGACGGGAGUAACAGUCCCUACAUCGUCGCCGUCGGUGGCGGUGACGUCGGCGGCGUCGAUCAACCUGUCCGCGGCGUCACCGCCGCUACCGCACGUGACGAAGGCGACGACGACGGUGGUGACGGCCGAUGCAGCACCGACGCCAGCUGGGGCUCCUGGUCCGUUAGUGGCGGUUAAAUGGGACGCGUCCGUCAGGACUACGAGUGGACGUGUAUUGGAGCUUUCAGGCGGAGAGGAAGGGAUGGCUGCUGCUGCUGCUGCGGCGGCGGCGGCGGCGAUGGGGGCGGCGGGAACACCGGAUCGGGAUGGGGAUGGUGACAUGCUGGGGGUUGCCAGAGAAUGGAAUUGCCUUCAGGACUGCGGCUGCGGCGGCUGCGGCUGCGGCUGCGGCGGUGGCGGCUGCGGCAGCGGCGGGUCCAAUGGGAGCAGCAGCGGCUCCCCAACCGAUGGUACGACAGACAGAACCACUGCCACCGGCGCUGCCCCUGUCGGCAGUGGCCUUGCCACGGACUCCCAAACGAAACCGUCAGACGAGGCGGCUUUCAAGUGGGCUGAGCGCGGGCUGCAACGCCCUGGCUAUAGCGGUCAGUGUACGACACAGUUGGCUGCUAGGGUUGAUGUCCAACAGUCCAACGAAGGGAUGACGGAUCCCUUCAAAUCACGGCCGCCUGCGGAGUUUGGUGAGCCUUAUGGCCAGAGCCGGGGUGUGCCAUCGAUACAGAAGUGGCUAGGAGUGGCGGGGACAGACCCACGUCAUUGCCUGCUAGUUUCCGAGGAGGGGAGCUCGGCGAAGAAGCUAAGGCCAGUUAACUUCAUGCAUAAGGUUGUACGACAGCGCUCGUCAGGGCAGGGGCUCCCUGCACCAGCACAGCCACCAGCGGCAACAACAACUACGACAUCGGCGGCUGCGGUGACGGCAGAGUCGACGGCGGCAGGGGCGGCGACGGCUGGGGUGACGGCAGAGUCGACGGCGGCAGGGGCGGCGACGGCUGCGGUGACGGCAGAAUCGACGGCAGCAGGGGCGGCGACGGCUGGGGUGACGGCAGAGUCGACGGCGGCAGGGGCGGCGGCGGCUGCAGGGGCGGCAGAGUCGACGGCUGCAGGGGCGGCGGCGGCUGGGGUGACGGCAGAGUCGACGGCGGCAGGGGCGGCGAUGGCUGCGGUGACGGCAGAGUCGACGGCGGCAGGUGCGGCGGCGGCUGGGGUGACGGCAGAGUCGAUGGCAUCAGGGGCGGCGACGGCUGGGGUGACGGCAGAGUCGACGGCGGCAGGGGCGGCGGCGGCUGCAGUCGCGGCAGAGUCGACGGCGGCAGGUGCGGCGGCGGCUGCGGUGACGGCAGUGGAGCCGUACUACUACGAGCCAAUGGCAUUCCCACCAGCAUCCGGCUGGGAAAAAGUAAUGGUGCGGAGCUGUACGACUGCGUUGUACGACAUGCAGACCGGGACGGUGGCGGCGCCGCCGUCCGCAGUAGGCAGGGAAAUGAUCACUAUUUCCAGUGAACACGGUACAAUACCCGCACCUGCCGAGGCCAUCCGCGGGGCUCUGCCCGGGGUUAGCUGCUGCUGUAAUGGUGGCAGUAGCAGUGGCGGCGGCGGCGGUGGCGGCGGCGGCAGGGCCGUCAUGCCGUUGCACGCUGGCAUGCUUUCGGUAUCGCCGCGACCUCUUGCAGAGGAGGCCGCGGCGGCAGCGGCGGCCGCCGACGCAGGAGGAGGGAUGUACGACAAAGCUGGCGUCACUGGCGGCAGCACCACCCAAAGCUGUUACAGCUCCUACAGCUUUGGAUGCGUGGCGGCUGAAGGCAGCCGCGGCGGAAACGCGGUUUACGUCUGGGCAUCGGCGGCAGAAGCCAUCCCGGGUGCCGUGCAAUGGUUAGCAGUACAGCCGCCGCAAACUCUGCCGCCAGCACCCCGGACGACGUCAACGCAAAGCCAUGUGGGCCCGCAGCUGGCGUCGGCGCCGACCUGUCCGGCGGCUGGCGGAAGUGGGCCCAACUCGCCGCAGAGAUGGGGCUUGCUUUCACGGAGCCUGAAGAACGGCUCUCAGGAAAGCUGUAGCACACCGCCGCCGCCGCCAGAGCAGCAGCAGCAGCAGCAGGGAUGUUCCGCAUUAACGACGGCUGCAGCACCACCCACCAUCGCCGCCACGGAGUCGGAGUUGGUGCGGCUGCAGGACGCUUCCAGGUCUGCUAGCGUACAGCCGCAUGAAGCCAAGCUGGCGGAGGCGGCCGCUGAGGCGGCGACUGCUGAUGCUUCAGUUGAUGUGUACGGCCAAACUACAUCUGCUCCAACUGUAGCAGAUCGCACAGGCGCUACAGAUCCUGCAGCCGUAACCCUUUUUUUUAACCCUGCCAACGAUACGGCUACUGCCGCUUCAUUAUUAUGGGCUAAGGGAGCCGCGCUGGGGGGGAAUUCGGACGCCAAGGCCUGCACCGUCAGCCGCCGUCUGGACGAGCUGCCUGAGCACGUAUUGUCAGUUGGAGCUGUUAGACCGGCGGUUGCCAACAACGGUAACGGCCCCGCCGGCGCCGCCACCGACACAGCCGCGGCCUCAGCUGCUGCUCCCGCUCCGUCAUGCGAACUGCUGUUUGGCGCGCGUAUGAGCGGAUGCGGCGAUUCCUAUUCCUCCUCCGGCAGAACAUCGAAUCGUUCCAUGGCCUCAGAAUCCACUGUACGGCGUAGUACGGCAACCGCCUGUGUUGAUGGGCUCUGGACCGCACCGCCACCCUGUGGCGUGUGUGCAAGUAGUACGGGUAGCGUGCUGCCGUCGGCACACAUGUACGGCGGCGGGCGCGGCACGGUCACCGGCGCCGCCACCGAGCUGUACGACGAAAUUACGGUUGCUGACUUCAGUGACGGCGGCGCCCUGUCUGUUGCGGCUCGUGAUCCUCCCGAUGGCUGCGAAUUGCCCGACUCACCACACGAACAUCCAAAUGUCAAACUCCGGCUUCGGAGAGUGAAAACGUCGAUCGCCGAGCUCUUCUCCAUAGGAAGCGGCGGCGACGGCCGCAGCGGCGGCAGAUGUAGCGGGGGCGGCGGCGGCGGCGGCGGCGCCGCCGAUGGUUGGAGCCGUGGCGGCCGUACAAAUGUACGGAUUGGGGAGACCACCCAAAGAGCAUGGGGAGGCGAUCCAGCGGCUAACAGAGGCGACGCGUACGACACGACAAAACACGACAAAGGAAAGGAUUACCGGCAGGGGCGUCGCGGCGGCUUGGGGGUGCUCCGUACGACAUCCGGCGCGGCGGCUUUCUUCCGUGCCGUCGGCUCCGCAGCCAGCGGUGUGGUCGGGAGCAUCUUGUACGGCACCUCUGCACCGUCACAUGAGCCACUGGACAAGGCGGCAACGGCGCCUCCUCCGUCACCUCCGCCGUCGUCAAACGGAUCUCCGCUGCGCGCUUCGCGGAGGGACACUGGCUGUUCCGAUAGUUGCGUUUAUGAAGGCGCGAGGGCGGCGGCUCCUGCGUCGCCGGGCGCCGCGACGAAAACCGCGACGGAGGGCGGCGGCGGCGAGGUUGGCAGUGGCGGCGGCGGGUGCGGCGGCGGCGGGGUUGGCAGUGGCGGCGGCGGCGGCGGCGGGGUUGGCAGUGGCGGCGGCGGCGGUGGUGAGCAUCCUUCGAUGCCGACGGCUCGAGCUCGGAGGAUCCACCGCGUAUCCACAGGCCUACCCUUCUACAGCGGCCGCGGCAGCUCCUGUGGAUCGGUAGAGGCCGGCGGCGGCGGCGGCGGCGGCGGUCGCGGUGGCGGCCGCCGUAGCAUCUCCAGUGCUGCCCUCGGCACCACUGCCGUAUGCAGCAACACCGUCAGCAGCGCCGGCGGCUCCGCCGGCAUCGCCGCCAGCAACAUCGCCGGCAGCUACAAUAACGGUGGCGCCGGCGGCGGUGGCGGCGGCGGCGGGGGUGGUUACAACCUCGGCCGUGACCUGCCGUACGCGGAGUGGCACCCUUGCGUCAGCGUGUUGUUUGCUGACAUCUGCGGAUUCACCCAAAUCAGCAAUCGGGUCUCCGCAGUCGCGGUCAUGGAGAUGUUGAAUGCGCUGUAUAGCCGGCUGGAUGCUCUGUGCGCUUCCUGGCACCAAUCCCACGGUCCAACGACCCACGGGUCACAGCCGGUGUACAAGGUCCAGAUCAUCGGUGAUGCGUACAUGGUAGCCACCGGGCUGCUGGCGGAUGACCCUGUGCAUGCUGCCACCGCUUGCCUUUUCGCUCUGGCGGUUUUACGAGAAGCAGCCCAGGUGGUGGACCCGUGUGAUGGACGGCCGCUGCGGCUCCGAGUGGGCAUCCACAGCGGUCCGGUCGUCAGUGGGCUGGUGGGCCGCAUGAGGAGGCAGUACUCGGUGUUUGGAGACACCGUGAACGUCGCUUCUCGUAUGGAGAGCACUGGUGCCCCUGGAGCCAUCCACGUCAGCGAGGAGACGCAACGGCUGGCGGCGCCGUACAUGCCGCCGUACACCGUUACCUGGAGGCGCCGAGAAGGUGUCGAGCAGCAGCAGCAGCAGGAGCAGGAGCAACAGCUCCAAAAGCUAUGGAGCUUCGGAGAUUUGUCCAAGCUGCCGUACAUGUCGUCACCGUCGCCGCCGCCACCAUCACCACCCCGGCAGCCUCUUCCACCCGCAUCACGGCGGCAGCAGUCGGCAACUGCGCCGUCGGCACCACCACCAUUCGGCCAGGAGGUUCGCGAGUACGAGCAGGAACGACGGGUGGCGUCACAGCCGCUUCCGAGGAUGCUGUCCGUACCGUCACGUACCGACACUGCGGAGUCGUACAUCGGCGGAUUGGCACCGGUGUUACCGCCUGUUGUGAUGUCUUCAUCGGAGCCGCAGCCGGAAGCCGCUGCAGCGGUUGCCCCCGGGGUUUGA